UCCGAGGGGGGCGGGCUCAUGGUCAGCUGCGGCCUGUUCUCGGGAUCAGGCGGAUAGGAGCCGGAGAGGCAGACGGGGAGGAUUAGGUGACAAGCUGCGGGCCAACCGCGGACAGCUCUCGUGCUGGCACGGGUGACAAGAGCUUGUUGGGCAGAUAUAACAGUACUUUUCAAGUUAAACUGUGAGCAGUUUGUGAGUCGUUUAUCAUGGGGUCAGAGGCUGCGUCGCAGAAUUCCAGCUGCAAGAUCAUGACUUUCCGGCCAACUUGGGAAGAGUUUCAGGAUUUUGGGAAAUAUAUGGCAUACAUUGAAUCUCAGGGUGCACACCGAGCUGGCCUUGCUAAGGUGAUUCCUCCAAAGGAGUGGCGUCCAAGACAAACAUAUGAUGACUUGGAUGAAAUGGUGAUUCCUGCACCCAUUCAACAGGUGGUUACUGGCCAAUCUGGUCUCUUUACGCAGUAUAACAUCCAGAAGAAAGCUAUGACUGUAGGAGAAUACCGGAAGUUGGCCAACAGUGACAAAUAUUGCACUCCACGACAUCAGGAUUUUGAUGAUUUAGAGCGUAAAUACUGGAAGAAUCUCACUUUUAUGUCCCCCAUAUAUGGUGCGGAUAUCAGUGGAUCUCUUUACGACAGUGGAAUAAAUCUGUGGAAGAUUGGAGGGCUGAACACCCUGCUGGACAUGGUGGAAAAUGAAUGUGGGAUUAUCAUUGAAGGAGUCAAUACACCAUAUCUUUACUUUGGAAUGUGGAAGACUACUUUUGCUUGGCACACUGAGGACAUGGACCUGUACAGCAUCAACUACCUCCAUUUUGGAGAACCAAAAUCCUGGUAUGCAAUCCCGCCUGAACAUGGCAAGCGGCUAGAGCGCCUAGCAAAAGGGUUCUUCCCAGGUAGCUCUCAGGGGUGUGAUGCUUUCCUACGUCACAAAAUGACUCUGAUUUCUCCAUCAAUUCUAAAGAAAUAUGGAAUUCCUUUUGACCGGAUUACUCAAGAGGCAGGUGAGUUCAUGAUCACAUUCCCAUAUGGAUACCAUGCAGGAUUUAACCAUGGAUUCAACUGUGCUGAAUCAACCAAUUUUGCCACACUACGUUGGAUUGAUUAUGGAAAGAUGGCAACACAGUGCACAUGUAGGAAAGACAUGGUGAAGAUUUCCAUGGAUGUGUUUGUGAAAUUUCUGCAACCUGACCGGUAUGAGGUGUGGAAGCAGGGAAAAGAUACCACCGUUCUAGAUCAUCUAAAACCCACCGAACUCAGCAGUCCUGAAUUGGAGGCUUGGAGAGAAAGAAGAGCGCAAUUUAAGGGGAAAGUUGGCCGCAGGCCUUAUAAGAAACGGUCCCAGCCACGCAGACACAAAACGCAAGAUCAGUCAUUGCUCAGGGAGGUGCUUGGAUCUGACUUGAUGCUGGAGGGGAGAGAGGAUGAGGACAUGAAGUGUGAUGAAGAGGAGGAGUCCAGCAAAGGAUGUAAUGAAGAUCAACUGAUGGGUGACAUGAAGUGCCGUUCCCGUGUAUCGAAACCCAAGGGCGAGAGACGUAGAAAAAAAGAACAGCAGGUGGGAGAGGGAUCAGGUGUAAACCACCUGCCAGUAGAUCUUCUAAAUACCCCAGAUAUUGGCAGCUUUGCCUCGUUCAUCAGAGGGCCCUUGGACCUCUCUGCAAAUUACGAAUUCAAGCCUCGUCCCAUCAUCCCCACACUUUAUGUUGUUCCUCAGGCCAAGAAGGUUGUUUUUGACAAAACACGGAUGUCGUGCCAAGAAGCAUUUGAAAGCUUUGCCACAAGGAAGAGACAGUCUGGAAGCCAGAGAGAAUCUGAAGGAAAAUCCCAAGAGGAGGAGGUCCCUGCAAGCAGGUCACAAGAAGAGACUAAGGUUCCUAUCCUGUUUCCAAAAAUGGAAAUUAAGAAGAGCAGACGUCACCCACUAGGAAGACCUCCUGCCCGAUCCCCUAUGAUGGUUGUUAAACAGGAAGUGUCUAGUGAUGAAGAAUCUAUCCCUUUCUCAGGUGAGGAAGAUGUUAGUGUCCCUGAAGCUCUACUCAAUCUUCUCUCCCACCUGUGGAAAAAUAAAUCUCCCAACUUUGCAGCUGAGAGAAAAUUCAAUGCUGCAGUUGCUCUGAUCCAGCCUCACUGCGCCGUGUGCUCACUCUUUUCUCCAUACCGUCAGGAUUCAACCUCUGUACCAGAUUCCUUCAUCCCAAUGUCGAAACGAGGUGAAAGGACAAAGCCACUUAUUCCAGAAAUGUGCUUUACCUCCAGUGAAAGCAAUGUGGACCCUCUGCCAAUUAGCACUUAUACCGGAGAGGAUGGUACCAGCCCGUUGCUGUUCUGUACCAAUUGUUGUGUACAGGUCCAUGCCAGCUGUUAUGGUGUCCAUCCAGAUUUGGUAAAGGAGAACUGGACUUGCUCACGCUGCACUGCUUCUGCUUGGGCUGCAGAUUGCUGUCUGUGUAAUCUCAGAGGAGGAGCUUUGCAGAAAACAACAGACAAUAGGUGGGUUCACAUUGUGUGUGCUGUUGCAGUCCCAGAAGCUCGCUUUGUGAGUGCAGUAGAACGACAUCCAGUAGAUGUCUCUGCCAUUCCUGAGCAGAGAUGCAAAUUGAGAUGUGUAUAUUGUCGAAGAAAGAUCCGCAAGGAUGGAGGAGCAUGUGUUCAGUGUUCCGUUAAUCGAUGUUCAACUUCUUUCCACGUGACCUGUGCACACAGUGCUGGCAUCUCAGUGGAGCCAGAUGAUUGGCCAUAUGUCGUGUCAAUAAAAUGCUUCAAACACAGAUCAACAAAUGAGAAUAAUUCUUCCCGUGAAGUCCGUGUUGGGCAGACUGUUAUUAGUCGAAACAGGAACGGACUGUACUACAAAUGUCAGGUGAUCGGCUCUGCCACUCAGAUGUUCUAUGAGGUUAACUUUGAUGACGGAUCGUAUAGUAACAAUGUGUACCCAGAAAAUGUCAUGAGCAGGGAUUGCGUAAAGGAUGGGCCACCAUCUGAAGGCCAGUUCUUGGAGAUGAGAUGGAAGGAUGGAAAUAGGCAUAAAGCCAAAUUCAUCUCAUCCAAUAUCAACCAUGUGUAUCAGGUUGAGUUUGAAGAUGCCUCUCAGUUAAUGGUAAAACGCAAUGAGAUCUUUACUCUCGAAGAACAGUUGCCGAAAAGAGUCAGGUGUCGUCUAUCUCUGAGUACUGGAGCUUCCUUGGAUGGCACUGAGGAUGAAGACACAGCUAAACGCCCAAGAGUGACCAGUCCCGACAGGCCUGAAGAACAUUCCGAAAGCCAGGCGUUUGAAGUCUUAAAAGAGCCAUUUGUAGAGAGCCUGAAUCAGUCUCAAGGAAUUUACUGACACUGCCAGCAAGCUGCUCCGAACAAUAUGUGGACAAACCAUGCACACCCUCUACAAUGUCUUGCUAAUGGUUGAACAGUAAAGCCUCUCCGAGGUUCACAGGUUAUGGACUAUUGACAUUUCAGAAAGAAUAAACAGGAGCAAUUAUGCCAUGGGCAGAGAUGCGGAAUUGGGACACAUCCAGGUGUGAACAAUAAUAAUGCUCCAGGUGCUAUCUUGAAACUGCCCUUUAGUAUUCUCUCUUCUUUCACAACCUUGCAAGAAAUAUUUCUAGAAAUAACUGAAGAAAAUUUAAAAGAAGAAUUCAGAUCAGGUUUUAUAAAUUACUGGCUUUAAACAAUGAAUCAAAAGGCGAUUUUGUAGACGUACAUCUAUGGAGGAAAUCAGAGCAGCAACCAUUUUAUUUAUUAUUUUUAUAUAUAUAUAUAUUUUUAUUUGUAAAUGACACAAAAUUGUUCUUUGUGAUGUGAAAGAAGAUGAUCAUGUUUAUCUGGGGAAUUCGCUUGUGUUUUUCCUAAUUCAAAUGUUAUUUCUCUCCUAUUGUUCUGAUGUCGUCAUUUGUUUUCUCCUCCUUUUGCGUUUACUUUUCCAUACUUUCAUUUUUCUGGUUCUGUUCUUGAUCUCUCUCCUAUCACUACCUGUGAAUCUGCUGCUUGUUCUCAUUAAUUCACUUGAGCUUACUCACAAAAAAUUAUUUGUAUGGGACAGUAUUUUCAAAAGGGGUAAAACUUGUCAAUUACCAUUCCAGCUAAAUUGUUUGUUUGGGUUUUUUAUGUAUAUUUUAUUUCUGUUGGGAGUGGGGGGGGGAUGCAGCAGAAAGCAAAGCAAAAUUUGUUCUAUUAAUUACUGUCCGAAGACCUAAACGGUAAUAGCCACUUCCGCCAUGCUGCUCCUGGAUGUAUGUAAAGAAUAUUGGGUGUUUUUGGCUGGAGGGUUUGUGGUGGGGGUUUUGUACUAGGUUCCUGGGCUGACUAUGCAUGUGUUCUAGCCCCUUUUUCACCAAGUUUUGGGGCGAUGGAGUUGCAUUUCUAAGUAUUUUUAAUGUGUAUUGUGAGGUGUUGCCCUUGAGAGCUGUGCAGCCUGCAGCAUGUUUCCUGUUUGUGUUCUUAUAACCCAUGCUGUACGGAGCCAAAAGGAACCAUGAAAAAUUAAUUUUGGGGAGGGGGGGUGGGAUUUGUCAGUUUGUCUCACGUCACACACAAAUCAGAUAUUUCCUCUUGUUAGACAGACGUGUGAUGUAUUUUUCUGCUCAGUUUCUAAUUAAUUAAAAGCUAUGAGCGAAGAUAUGUCAGAUCAUU